CUGGGUAAGCAGGCUCCACCCAGCUGCUGAAAGCAGAUACAAAUUGUAACAAAACCGGAAGUUGGCUAGGCUGCCUUUGCUCCUCAAGAUGGCAGUUCUUGGAUUUACCCUUGCUACCUUCCUACUUGUGCUGUACGUUAGUUCUGUGGCUAAUUAUCCCAGCGGAAAAGUAGGAAGGUCAUGCCAUGGAAUGGUUCCUGAACAUGGUCAUACUGCACACUCUGAUCCUGUUCACAACAUUUCAGUGGGUCAGAUGACGUUCAGACGAGGAGAUCAGAUUGAAGUAACCUUGUCAGGGCCACCAUUUAGAGGCUUUCUCUUAGAAGCACGGAAUGCUGAGGAUUUGAGUGGCCCUCCUAUUGGCUCCUUCACAUUGAUUGACAGUCAAGUGUCACAGCUUCUGACCUGUGAAGAUGUACAGGGAUAUGCUGUGAGUCACACGAGUCCAUCCAAGAAAACAAAAGUUAAAGUCUACUGGAAUGCUCUAAGCAAUGCUCCGAAUCAUGUAAAGUUUCUAGUCACAGUUGUUGAGAAGUAUAAAACCUACUGGGUGAAGAUUCCUGGUCCUAUAAUUUCACAACCAAACGCACUGCCUUUUACAACGCCUGAAGCUACAAUAGCCCCUUUGUCGACAUUACCUCCGGUCUCCCAUUUAACCAAAUCAUUCAGCGCUUCAGAUUGUGGGAACAAGAAGUUCUGCAUUCGGAGUCCUUUGAACUGUGACCCAGAGAAGGAGCAUGCCUGUUUCUUCUUGUCCUUUGCUCGAGAUGACCAGUCAGUGGUGGUUGAAAUGAGUGGUCCCAGUCAAGGCUAUUUAUCCUUUGCAUUUUCUCACGACAGAUGGAUGGGUGAUGAUGAUGCUUAUUUGUGUAUUCGUGAAGAUCAGACCGUGCACAUACAACCUUCUCACUUGACGGGGCGAAGUCACCCUGUGAUGGACUCCAGGGGUGCUCUUGAGGAUAUGGCUUGGAGGCUGGCGGAUGGUGUUAUACAGUGUUCUUUCAGAAGAAACAUUACCCUUCCUGGGGUUAAAAAUAGAUUUGAUCUAAACACAAGCUACUACAUAUUUCUAGCAGAUGGUGCAGCUGACAAUGGUAGAAUUUAUAAGCAUUUGCGGCAACCUUUGAUUACAUAUGAAAAACAUAAUGUGACAGGCUAUCCAAAGAACGUGGGAGGAUCCCGUUCUUUAUUCCUUCUGAAGACUCAUGGUGCCUUAAUGUUUGUGGCCUGGAUGACUACCGUGAGCAUAGGUGUGCUCGUUGCUCGGUUCUUCAAAUCUGUUUGGUCAAAGGCCUUCCUUGGUCAAGCAGCUUGGUUUCAGGUGCAUCGGAUGCUUAUGCUCACUACAACUGCCCUCACCUGCAUUGCUUUUGUUCUGCCUUUUAUUUACAGAGGAGGCUGGAGUUCGUAUGCAGGUUAUCACCCAUACCUUGGUUGUAUAGUGAUGAUUUUAGCAGUUCUUCAGCCUCUUUUGGCAGCCUUCAGGCCACCUUUACAUGACCCAAGGAGGCACAUUUUUAACUGGACUCAUUGGAGUAUGGGCACAGCUGCUAGAAUAAUAGCAGUGGCAGCAAUGUUCCUGGGAAUGGAUUUACCAGGACUGGAUCUUCCUGGCCCAUGGAAAACCUAUGUAAUGAUUGGAUUUGUAGCCUGGCAUGUUGGGACAGAGAUUAUUCUGGAAAUACAUGCUUACCGACUUUCUCGAAAAGUUGAAAUAUUGGAUGAUGCUAGAAUUCAGAUCCUUCAGUCAUUCACUGUAGCUGAAGCAGAAGGUCAUGCUUUUAAAAAGGUGGUGUUUGCAGUUUAUAUCUGCGGGAAUGUGACUUUUCUCAUCAUAUUCUUAUCUGCAAUCAACCAGCUCUGAGCAAGCAAAGACCUUGGCUUUGCAGACCACAUGAUAAUUAUCAUUAAGCCAAAGAUACUUGAAGCCUAUACUGACUGCCUGGAGCAUAUUCAUGAAUUCUGAAUUGGAAGACCAGGUCUUAUCUGUAGAGGAAUUCUGAGGUGUGGUCUUAGAGAUCAACGUUCAGCAGGGUCCUAUGGACUAUAGAAAGGAUGUCAAGACUUCAUGUGUGAUUCUGAGUGUUACCAGGAAAUGCUGUACAAGAGAAAUGACUCUCAAAUAUUUUCUAUGAUGAGAUAUAUAGAAUGCUAACAUUUGAGAAAAGAAUGAUUUGGAAAGACAGAAAUGAUGUCAUUUGGAUGAAAUGGAGAUUGUAUUAAUGUAUCAAAUAUAUUUUAGACUAUAAAGGUGCUGUUUUAAAGAAACCAUUUAUGCUGGUUUACCUGAAUGGUCUCUUUUAGGACUUUUUGAGAAACUAUGUUUUUCAGUUCAGUUUUUGGGACUUUUUUUUUUUUAAUUUUUUAUGUCUUGUUACCUCUCUGGUAAAGGUGGAAGUGGGACUUACUCCAUUGUAUUAACAUUGAAAUGUAUUAUGAAUAUUAUCAUUUCUUUCUUACUCAUGAAAUGCAAGUGUGCAUCUUCUGCUUAACACUGUGUUUAUAUAUUCAGUGACAGGGCUGAAAUGACAUUUUAUAUGUUAAUUGUUUUGACUCUAAGAUUUAAAUCCUUGCUUUUGGAGAUUGUAGCCUUGCAUUUCGAAAGUAAUAAAAUUUACUCUUGCGAAUAUAU